UACAUAGCUGUGCACAUCAUACCCGAUCAGAUGAUGUCCUUCGGGGGCUCCACUGACCCCUGUGCGCUCUGCAGUCUGUACAGCAUCGGCAAAAUAGGAGGGCAGCAGAACAAGACUUACACCAAGAUGCUGUGUGAUCUGAUCUCGAAGCACUUGCAUGUAUCUGCAGACAGGGUCUACAUCAACUAUUUCGACAUGAAUGCUGCCAACGUGGGCUGGAAUGGCUCCACCUUUGCAUAGAGCUCUCCUGUCUGUCCCAAGAGGCAGUUCCUGGACCUCCCCUCACCCUGCCCCGUAGCAGACCGCGGCACAAAUGGCCCCACGCUGCAUUUUGUGCACUCUCACAGAUUGAUGGCUCCUUGCUAGUGUGUUUAAAUAUUGCUGCUUCAACAUUCCUCUGUUUUCUCUGUGUAGAAAACAAAUAAAAGAUUUAGAAGUAA